UAGAGCGGAGAUGUCGCUCCGUGUCUCUGAUUGCAUGGACCGGCUUAAUGUUUAGCAGGACCCACAUACAAACACAAGGACACUUCAAAGAAAACAUAUCAAAGGAACAUCUCUGUGACGACGUAUGCGUUUUGAGGAUGGAGUCAGAAACAUUACACGCAAGAAGGUUACAAAGACGUAAAUCUUCAGACGCAGGUGAUGAUGAGUGGCACGAGGCCCCAGCAGCGCCACCAGAGCGUCCCCUGUCCACUCUGGGUCGCCUCUACGUCUACGCCCUGCACGGCUGCCUGUGCGAGGUGGGCUUCACCGCUCUAUGGGACUGGUGGCAGACCAAGGACCGGAGGCUGCCGGGACACACCAGCCUUUGGGCACUGCCCAUGUACGCCUUGGCCAUCUUCCUGUUAGAGGGCGUGCGCGGCAGGCUGCUGGCCCAGAGGUGCCCGUUACUUCUUCGGCUGCUCGUCUACACGCUGUUCAUCUACCUGUGGGAGUUCAGUUGGGGCACGGUGCUCAGGCUAUUAGGGGCCUGCCCGUGGGACUACUCAGGUUUUAGCUACAACCUGGCGGGUCUGGUGACUCUGGAGUAUGCCGUGCCCUGGGCUCUGGCCUCACUCAUAGCAGAGCAGCAUGUGAUCAGGAAAACUCUGAGACUGCGAAUGGCAAACUGAGACUUGGGUAAUUGGAUGACUCACCCAUUUCUUGUUUCACACGCGAUGCAGAAGCACGCAACGCCGUCGACGCAGGUUUCCCGCUAGGUGUUAUAAUUUUUGGUAAUUGUGAUACUGAAAAUAAAUUAUCGCGGGAAUAAGCACGUUUCUGUGUCCAACACAGUGCAUCCACUGCCUGAAUUGAACAGAAAAAAAUACACUCACCUAAAGGAUUAUUAGGAACACCAUACUAAACUGUGUUUGACCCCC